AUGGAGUAUAGGUACUUGGCAGAAUUCCUGGUGGAUUGGAUAAAAGCGAAAAACUACAAGUCCUCAGGGGAUUAUGAUAAAAUAUGGGAUGACCUGAAGAAAGUAUUCAACGAAAUGGUUGGUACUCUCUGGUUAGGCAAUGAUAUAAUCGAUGGACUCUGUACAGGUAAAGUAACUGAGGAAAAUAAAAAUUGGACGAAUGAAGACAAGGAACUGUGCAAAAUCAGUGUGAAAAUACUUUCAUAUAUAGAUGGAAUAAAAAUAGGUACAUACGCAAACAUAGUGCGUAUAGAGGGUGAAGAAAAUAAGAGCGCAGUGGAGUCCUAUUUGAGGUGUAUAGUUGGACGGACACUUUUAAUAAAAUGGUUUGGAGGUCAUUGCAGUCGAAUGAAAGUUGCCGGGGACGUUCUUCAGGCUGUGGACGCUUGGAAAUUAGGUAGUAGUAGUAGUAGUAAUGCAGGGAGAAACCAUGAAAGGUGUGCAGGAUUAGAUUUUAAAAAUUUGAAUAUUGGAGGAAAAUAUCUUUGGCCACAAAUGGAAGAGUGGGCCAAGAAAACGGGUAAAGCAUGGCAAGCGGCGGAGGGUGUAAAAAAAAUGAACGCAGUAAAGGAGCAAGGAAAAAACUGCGGAACAGGUACGCCCAAGGAUUCAGAAUCCUCUAGUACAGCGGAGGAUGUUAAAAAUUUGAAAGAAUUAUUUGGCGUAGAAAGUGAGGAUCAAUUAAAACAAUUAGUUGAAGAUGAGGAGAAGUUGCCUAAGACAGAUAUAAAAGAAGCUUUAGAAUUAAUUGAACAAGAGAGGAAAAAGAAUAAUGAUAAUUGGGAGAGUGUUAUAUAUAAUAAAUUACAGGACCAAUUGCAGGAACUAUUUCAGAAGAAAAUGGAAGAACAUGAAAAGCAAAAGGCAGCAAAACAAUCAGCAGUUAAUCAAGCAGGUGAAGACUGCAGCAAGAAGGAUAAACCUAACUUAUGUGAACGUGUAAAAUGUGUUACACAAAGGUGGAAGAGCGGAAACACCAAGAAGGACUAUAAGGACAUGUGGAUGGAAAUCGGAGCCACGUUUGAUGGACUUGUCGAAGCCAUAUCAAAAUCAAACCCCAAUAUAGACAGUUAUUGCAAUGGCAAUCAAUGGAAAGGUGGAACUGUUAUUUUUCCAGAAAUGGAAGCAUGUAGGCUUAUUGCUAGGGGAUUGGAAUAUAUGUACAAGAUUCCGAAGGACAAAGACGCGUCCGCUGGGGACCAAGAAGUGAAUAAGCAAUUACUUAAACAAACUGUGUUAUGCGCAGUAAUGAAUGCUUAUGCGGAUCAGUUGAUCGAAAGGGAAAACGAAUCUUGUCCCAUAAAGAAAGGCAUAGACAAAGCCUUUCAGAACAGUGACAAAAUUAAGAAAGAAACAGAUGCAAAGAAGAAGGGUGGGGUUGAUUAUAUAAAGUGUGAAAGGGAUACAACUUAUAAAAAUUGUGAAAUAGGUCAAACAGGGAAGAAGGAUAAUGUGAAAGACAAAUUAAAGACAAUGCUCAACAAUGAUGGAAACAUAACGAAAACUCUAACAUCCAUAUGUGAUGACUGCAGCAAGGACAAUGAUGACUUAUGUAAACGUGUACAGUGCGUGACAACAAAUUGGUUUAUAGACAGAAUAGGUCCACAAGGGCGAGGCGGGAAUAUAAAACAAACCUGGUGUAUAUUUUGGGAACCUGACGUCAGGAAGAGAUUGGGGGAACUGUCUACUGCUAUGAGCAGUAAUAAUGAAGGUGAUGAUGAUCUGUGCAAAUGGGCUGAUGAGAAGAAAAAGAACACAAUGACAGAAACAGAAAAGAUGGCAUGUAAUUACAUUGUUCAGGGUUUAAAACAUAUAUACGAAAUUCCCGUAGAUCUAAAAAAUUUGGAUCCGAGUAAAAAUAGGAAAGAAGAAGUAAGGAAGAGGAAGAAUAGUAGAAUAUUCCAUCAAACUAUGAAAUGCUUCCUAUUAAACGCAUAUGCAGACAAAUUGAUAAAGGAGGUUAGACGCCCCUGUAAUAUCACAGAGGAUCUUAUAACUAAAGCAUUUAAUAGAGGAAAUGGAAAGAAGAAUGAUUGGUGUGUGGAAAAAAAAAAUGGUGGUGAUUGUGUUAUUUGCACAAGGGAACCUGACCUAAAUUGCACAUUAAACAUGGAGGAUAAUCUGUUGGAUACAAAGAGAAGUACAGGUUGCGAAUAUCACAAAAAUAAUAUACAGAAGAAGUUGGAUGAUAUGCUCAAGAAGGAUAACAACAUAACAAAAACUGUGACUGAUAUAAAUACUAUAAAUAAUAACUCUUGUGAACGUACGAGGUGCGUAGCACAUAAAUGGAAAGCGAAUAGGGACAAAAAUGUCGAUACACCUUGGGAACUGUUUUGGAAUCCGGACGUCAACAAGCAACUGGUAAGUCUUUCUGAAGGCAUACACCAGAAUAAAGAGAAUGUUGACAAAGAGUGUAAUAAGAUUGGGGUGGUAGGUAGUGCAAGUAGAAAGGCAUGUCAGUACAUUGUUCGGGGUUUAAAACACAUCUAUAAAAUAGAAAAGGGGACUGACGAAAAAAAUAGUCCACAGAUGAAGGAGGAUAACCUCAUAUUCCACCGAACUUUCUCUUGUAUCUUAUUGAAUAUAUUCGCUGAUGAAAUGCAAGAAAAGUGUCGAGACAAAAAGAAAGACAUAGAACAGGGCAUAACCCAUGCCUUCCAAAAAAGUAAUGACAUUAAAGAUAAAACAUCUCCAUGCAAAACUGAAGGUGAUUUGUGUCCAUUGUGCACCAGGGAUAAGAGCUAUAAAGAUUGCAAAAUAAACGUAACAGAUGGAAACACAAUAGGGAAGAGGAUGACAGAUAUGCUGUACCCAAAGAAGAACGGGGAUAAAAAAGUAAAGGAAGCUGUGGAAUCAAUAAAUACCAUAUGUCCACAAGCUGCCAAACCAGCCGCCACAAAACCUGCCACUACGAAACCUGUUGUUAAAGCAACCCAGGAAGAAACAUCAUCGGCGAAAGGUAAGGGAAGAAAGGAUGAUGCUAAUGAAUCUGAUCUUCCAAUAGAUAAAAUUGUUCUUUCACUUGGCGAUGAUGAUACAGAUCAUACAAAGAGUAGUCAAGACGAAGACGAGGAUAAGUUUAUUGCCAGUAAUAACGGUAUAUCACGUGUCUCUGUUGUUAAUAUUAAUACUAAUGUUCCUGCAGGUCCUAUAAUGAAAGACGACGAAGUGAAUAAUAAGGAAGGGACGAGUGGUGGUGCGGGGACACCCGUUACUGCACUUUCCCAAACUACAAGCACAGGAACAGACACUCAAACUCCUUCCGGUUCCCACCCUGGAUCGGCAGUCUCAAGGAACAGCGAUCCAGCAGGUGUAGUUAGUUCUAAGAUUGACAAAAAUGAUCCCGGUGCAGCUGGUGGAGGUGGACCCGCUGGUAGGCAAGAUGUUGGUGGUGACCCUCCUGCUGGUUUAUUACCUGGUGCUGGUGGUGUCGUACCUGGUCUCCCAGGUGUAGGUGCUCCUGCAGGUAGUCCAGGUACAGAAGGUAGUGGUGCAGGUGGUGGAGGAGGUGGUGGCGGGGGUAGUUCCGGCGGUAACCAGAACACUGGUAGUCCAAGAUCAGGUUCCACUGGAACCUGGAACCCAGGUUCUUCCGGUUCAGGUGCAUCUGGUAAUGAAAACACUGGUAGUCCCAGACCAGGACAAUCACCGCAGGCGACACGUGGAAUUGAACCUCAGAAAGUAGUGAAUGUGAGGAAGGAAGGGGUGAUCGACCUUUUCGAUCUUACCCCAUACCUUCCUUUGGCUCCUGUGUUCCUUGGAAUGUCUGCUAUGACCUACUUACUCUGGAAGUAUUUUACCCUCGGUAAGCGAAGACGACGUCAUAGAAGAGAGGAACAGUUAACCUCUCCCAACUUAGAGGAACAACACCUUGAUCAUGUGGACGACCAGGAUGGUCCACAUGAAUAUGCCUCAGUAAAAGAACGCAAACGGCCAAGAUCUGUUACAAAAGGAAGGAGGAAACAAGUUGGUAAACGUGUGGGUCACCGCACCAUUAUUGAUAUCCAUUUAGAAGUCUUAGACGAAUGUCAAAAAGGGGACCUUCAUUCGACGAAGGAAGACUUUUUUAAAAUUUUGGUUCAAGAAUUUAUGGGAAGCGAAUUUAUGAAAGAAGAAAAGGUUCAAAAUUCAGGUUUCGGGUUUAGGGAGAAAAACUUCGUUCCUAAGGAACAGGUUCCAAGUUUCAGAUUCCGGAUUUAG